ACACUAAGAUGAGGAUUAGGUAGGAAAUUAUUAUUAACUUAUGAAUAACGAAUGAGUGAAAAGUCAUUAUUGUUGAGUGUUUAAGAAUCGAUUAUGGUGUGUAUGAUACAAUUUGCCAUGAUUUAGUUCAAUUACUUUGUUGGCUACAUUUGCUUGGUUCAGCAACAUCAUGGAUAUAGUAGAACCGGUACCAAUCAUCUUCAAUUGUUAGAUGGGAAAGUAAAUCAACAGACAAAAAGGUUCCUGGCUUCUCUAGUAUGAGAAGAUUGUCCAGUGAUUCAGUCCUCAAAGAUGUCAUCCAAAGGUAAUUUAAUAGAGGGAAAACCGCCGGUUUUAUCAACCAUGUCUCCUCCUACCCCCAAGCUAGCAUUAAACUCUGAUUUGAAUGAGUUUGUUUGCGGCUGGGGUGCUGCGAUCGUCAACAUCACCAUCACUUUUCCGCUCAACAAGAUUAUCUUUCGCCAGAUGUUACACAAUGUUGGAGUUUCCGGAGCAAUCAGACAAAUGUCUAAGGAAGGUAUUCUGUUCCUCUAUCGUGGUAUUCUCCCUCCUCUAUGCCAGAAGUCCAUCUCCACCUCGCUCAUGUUCGGCAUCUACGAGAACUGUCGCUCAAGGUUGGUAGAUCUGGGCGUGCCCAAAGUCACCAGUACCUUCGUAGCUGCCAACAUCGCAGGAACGACGGAAGCUAUUCUUGCUCCCUUCGAGAGGCUACAAACUCUCAUGCAGCAUAGUCAAUUCCACUCGGAGUUCAAGAACUCCCAGCACGCCAUCAGGGUAAUAGCAGUAAAUUACGGUAUCAAAGAAUUCUAUCGCGGUCUUGUUCCGAUAUUAUUGCGAAACGGACCGUCGAACUUGUUCUUCUUCAUGGCCCGAGAACAAGCAGAUGCCAUUUUACCUAAGGCAGAUUCUUUAAUUGGAAGUACAAUGAAAGGAUUUGUCAUUGGUGCUGUGAUUGGAGCAGUUGGUAGUACAGUGUUUUACCCUCUGAAUGUGAUCAAGGUUCACGUACAAAGUCGGCUCGGCGGGCCGUACCAAUCGACAUGGGGUGCUGUUCGCGAGAUUUACUACGCUCGUGAUGGCAGUAUGCGAAAGUUUUACCGAGGAGUACAUAUGAAUUAUACCCGAUCUUUCAUUAGCUGGGGAAUUAUUAAUGUUGCUUACGAGAAAUUAAAAGAGCUUUUAAGUCAAGAAUAGGUUAGUUUAUUUGAAUUUUAUUUAUUGUAUUUCAGCUGUUUUAAGCUGUGUAUAUGUGAAGUAUAUUUUUGUUAGUUUGAAUCGUACUACGCCAAAUGCUGAAUCUGUACAUAUACUUGUUCUAUUAUAGCCAUUAGGUGUACAUUUGAUUAUGUAAUAUACAGUUCAUGUUCUAUGAAGUUAUGUGUAGUUUGAAACAUUGAUGUUAUACGAGUGUCAAUCCUAUUAAAUUACUAGUCCUGUAUUGUGGUUUAAGAGUCGUUGGAGGCUAGCGGACAUCUUGGAUUAUUUCAAACCGCUGUUAAAUGGUUCAUCCAAAAAUAUUUUUUCAAAUACCAAAGUGAUUGUAUUUGAAAUAUUUAAGUUUAGUCUUUGAAUAUUUAAGUUUAGUCUUUGUUUCGUGCACUGUGAGAUCAACAAUUUUCUUUGAAGUUUAGUUGUUGUUUUCCAAGAGAUACAGGCUAACAGCCAUCUUCGAUUUUCCCGCCAUAAGAGCAAUGUUAAUUUUGUUAAUUUCAAACAGCCGCUGAAGAGUUAUUCACCAUCUCAAAAUAUCUUUUCAAAAACCAAAGUGUUUGUAAUUUUAAUAUCUAGUGCACUGUGUGAUUAGAAAUUUCUUUCUACUUUUCUAAUCGUUUUAUGAAUUAAAACGUUUAGGCUCCAAGGACUCCUAAUUGAAAUAUUAGGAAUUACUCAGGCUCUACAUUUUAAUUGACUUGACUUUAAAUUUGUUUGCUUAGAUUAUUAAAUUGUUACCAAUCAGUGCAUCAUAAUACUGUACAUUUUAAUUGAAUAAUCACAGAUUAUUUCCGGGGAAUGUUAUGGUGUUUGCAUUUUUUAAACUUCAAAAUAUAUUUUUUCUAUUUUUAUUUAUUUUUUUUUAACCUUGGUUUAUCCACAGUUAUUGUAACAAAGUCCUACUUUUACUUUUCUCAUCAUGAAAAAAUCCUCAUUUGAUAAAUAAUGGAGGUAUUAAAUCUAUUAAUUGAAAUACUAACCUGUCACUGAAAAAUGAUGUUAUAUAUUUACGACUAAAUACCUUGAAAAUCUUAAAUCAUUAAAAAGACACUAUAAAUUUCAUUACCAAAAACGUACAUCUAAGAAUUUAAUUGUAUUUGAAAAUAUUUAAGAGAUUGAGAUAAUCAUUUGCCUGUUGAAUCAGUUGAAGUUCACAAUUUGUUGUGUCUUAUCAGUGCUUAUAUUGCGUGUUAGGUCCUCAAUUAGAAACAGGUCAAUGUUUGGUAUUUCCUUUACUUCGAUCAACACUUUAUCAAACCAAUCUUUGUUCAAACAAAAAUAUAUUAUCUAAAGAAAAGAAAAUUGGUUGUAAUCAUAUUUAAGAUUAUCUCUUUUUUAGCUCAUCUGACCACACUUUCUUGAAAAUGUCCUCUUAAUCUUUUACAUAUUUACAUCGCACAAAUUAAUUAUUCCCAUUAACCAGCUGAUGAAUAUAAGUAGAUUUACAGAGAGAUCAGGUUCUAUUUAGAAAUGUUCAUAUUUUUACUAUUCUUAUUUUCUCUCAAGACCAUCAUGAGAAGCUUUAACAGUUGCGUUGAGAUGAAGGCUGUCUGAUAAGAUAUCAACACCAGUAAAACUUUGGGGAUAAACACUAAAUUUUAACUUAUUUUGAAAGUUUGGACAGUUUUGAAACAAUGAAUAAACAACCAAUGAUCAAUAGCAUGUAAAUCAACUUUUGAACCAAUCGGAAUUAUGUAGCUGAUUGGUUACAGUGAUCCCCUUGCAAUGAAAAUGUCAUCAGUAGCUUUUUGAUGGUUUGAAACUGGACCCAGCUGUUCUUGAUCAUUGGGAUUUUAAUAAAUGCUCCUGUCUAGUGAAACAGCUGAUCUUAGUCAAUAACAAAGUGACAAGGCAUUACUUCAUUCAACACGAGGGUUAAAAUUCUCACUUCCCUUGGUGGUGUCCUUAUCUCAAUUUGUAACAAUAAAUAAAGGCCCUAGCUCAAGUGAAUUUAUUUGUUAUCAUAUCUGUGUCAAAUUUGGAAUGUCAUGUGUUAUUAAGCAAUUAUGCUACUUAAGUCAUUUUCUGUAUGCUGGUAUGUUCUCAUUAAAAAACCUACACCAUUACUUUAUAUGUAAGAUAAAGUGAUUGUUUAGCUUAUAUGAAUUGCCUAUUUUGUUAUUAAAAUGUUAAUAAAUGUUUUUAUCAAAAUGUUUGACCUGUAACAUUUUAUGUGUUAGCCUCUGAAUGACUUGUCCUGAAUCACUAAAUCCUGAGAAAGCCUUUACAAUGGACAAUUUAUUUUCUAUUGUAUUCCUAAUUUUCAAACUAGCCAGAAAAACAAGUUAGUAAGACCGAAAAGAAUUUUGUUCGAAGUAACACAGUUUAUGCAUCAUGUGACAAAUGGAUGAACACAACAUUGUCUCGUCUACUGAUUUGAAUUUUUAUAUUGUUAUUAACGAAGUAAUUAAUCUGUUUGGGCAAUUUAAUAAAUAAUAUAUUAAAAAAUAAUCCAGCCUACAAUCCAGAGAUCAAGAGGAAAAUAAAGUUGUUAUAUGCUACUUUACAAAAGGCUGAUUCAAAAUGUAAACCACACAUGCAAGAAGAGGAUGUUAUGUAAAUUUUAG